CAAAUCGCUCUAUAUAUACACUAAAUUGCUUAAACACUGACCCUCAAAUCAUAUCUUUCCCAUCUCCACAUACUUCACUUCUUCUGGUUCAAAAUCAUAAUCAUAGAUCUUGAUCUUCAAAGUCUAUAAUCAUUAUAUUUUGAAAGUGACUGAUCAAACUAUUGCUUAAUUUUGGUGGUGAGUCUCAUCUCGCUACUAGAAAACUGAGCAAUUGCGACCGAUUUAUUUCAGAUUUUGGUUCUAAUUCCUAUGAGGAAGACAAGAGUAAGAAACACACAAGAAACAUGCUUCAUGUUCAUGUUCUUGUUUUUAUUUUUGUUCUUUUCAUUGAGUACUUGUGAUGGACUUGGAGACUACAAUGAGCAUGAAUUACUUCUAUCCAUCAAAUCUUCCAUAGAUGAUCCAUCAUCCUUCCUCUCCAACUGGAACAGCUCUUCAUCUUUCUGUAACUGGAAUGGCGUAUCAUGUAAUUCCAAUUCCGAUUCCAAUUCCAAUUCCAAUUCCAGUUCAACACGUGUCACCGGAAUUAAUCUUUCGGGGAAGAACUUAUCCGGGACGAUCUCGGAAUCGUUGUUCAAGUUCUUGCAUGUAGAAACAAUUGAUCUCUCCAACAACCAGCUCAUUGGUGAGAUUCCAAAAAACAUAUUCACUUGCUCUUCACUUGUUCAUCUCAACUUAAGCAACAACAAUCUAACAGGAUGGAUUCCCAAAGGUUCCAUUCCAAAUCUUGAAAAGUUAGAUGUGUCAAACAACUUCCUUUCCGGUCCAAUCCCGGAUGGAAUAGGAUCAUUCUCCAAGUUACAAUAUCUUGAUCUAGGUGGAAAUGUUUUAUCUAGCAAGAUUCCAAAGUCCAUUUCGAAUCUAACAAAGUUACAAUAUUUAACUUUGGCAUCAAACCAGCUAGUUGGUGAAUUACCAUCUGAAUUAGGGUUUUUGAAAAGCUUAAAGUUUAUCUACUUGGGUUACAACAAUUUCCGGGGUCGAAUUCCAACCGAAAUCGGUUAUUUAACCUCCUUGAAUCAUCUCAAUCUUGCUUUCAAUAACCUCACCGGUGAAAUCCCACCUUCACUUGGUAAUCUAACCGAACUUAACUACCUUUUUUUGUACUUUAACAAGCUCAAGGGUCCAAUUCCAAAGACCAUUUUUAACCUCAAGAAGUUAAAAGCUCUUGAUGUGAGUGAUAAUCUUUUGUCAGGUGAGAUUCCGGAACUAGUUUCUGAGUUUAGGGUUUUAGAAGUUCUUCACUUGUUUUCCAAUCAUUUUUCAGGAAAAAUACCAAAAUCUUUGACCACUCUGCCUCACCUACAAGUACUUCAGUUAUGGUCUAAUAAGUUUUCCGGUGAGAUUCCGGAAGAUCUUGGUAGGUACAAUAACCUAACCAUAUUAGAUCUUUCCACCAAUAAUCUCACCGGAAGAAUCCCGGAACGCCUUUGUGCUUCCAGGAUUCUCCAAAAACUUAUCCUAUUCUCAAACUCUAUUGAAGGGGAAAUCCCUAAAAGCUUGAGCCAUUGCAAGAGCUUGGCUAGGGUUCGACUUCAAAACAAUAAACUAUCCGGUCAGUUGUCACCAGAUUUCGCUCAACUCCCACUUGUUUACUUUCUUGAUUUGUCGGCGAACAAUCUUUCUGGUGAAAUAAACGGUUUAAAAUGGAAAAUGCCAAAGCUUCAAAUGCUGAGUUUGUCAAGAAAUAGAUUUUCAGGAGAGUUGCCUGAUUCUUUUGGCAGCAACAAACUUGAGAAUCUGGACUUGUCGGAGAAUGAAUUUUCGGGUUCAAUUCCUCCUAGUUUCGAUAAGUUUUCGGAGUUAAUGGAACUAAAGUUAAGCAAGAAUAUGCUCACAGGAAACAUACCCAAUGAAUUAUCUUCAUGCAAGAAGAUAGUGAGCAUUAACUUAAGCUACAAUCAUCUAACCGGUGGGAUCCCGGAAACGCUUUCAAGCUUGCCGGUUCUUGGAAAUCUUGAUUUAUCAAUGAACCAACUUUCAGGUGAAAUCCCGGACGCCCUAGGGAAUUUGGAAUCACUUGUUGAAGUGAACAUAUCUUUCAACCGUUUUCAUGGGAAAUUACCGUCGGUCGGAGUGUUUCUCUCGAUCAACUGGACCGCGGUCACUGGAAACAACUUGUGUGGGGGUGGAUCCGUCACCCAUUUACCACCAUGCAAGGGAAUUAAAAACCCUAACUGGUGGGUUUUAGGGUUGGUUGUGGCUGGUGUCACAUGUAGUGCUAUGUGUAUUUUGCUCUUUUUGUAUGUUAAAAGAAGAAAUGAAGAUGUUCAUGAGGUGACAAAGAUGAUGAAAACGGAAUUAGAUGGAGGUGGGGUAUGGGAGUUGAGGUUUUUCGAUCCGAAAGCUUCAAAGACCAUGGAGAUUAAUGAAAUUCUACAAUCUUUGAGAGGGCACAGGAACGUUGUAGAAGCGAAAAACAUUCGAUAUUUCAUCAAGGAAUUCAAUGAUACUAAUCUCAAUACUGAUCCCAUCAAUGAAUUCAAGAAGAUUGGCAAAUUUCGGCAUCCAAACAUCAUCAAAUUAUGUGCAAUUUGCAAGGGCGAAAAUGGAAGAAUUAUUUUGGUUCAUGAACAUGUUGAAGGGAAGAAGCUGAGGGAAGUAAUGGGAGAUUUAAGUUGGGAAAACCGCUUAAAAAUUGCUAUUGGAAUCGCGAAAGCUCUGCGUUAUUUGCAUGGGUGUUGCUCGCCGGCGGGCAUUGUUGGCAAUGUUUCGCCGGAAAAUGUUAUGGUGGUUGAUGGAAAAGAUGAUGCAUGUGUAAAAUUGAUACCUCCAUGGAUAGCUUUUCCUGAGAUCACUAAGUGUUUGGUUUCUUCAGCUUAUGUUGCACCAGAGACAAAAGAGACCAAAGAGUUAACCGAAAGCAGUGACAUGUACAGCUUCGGCAUCAUCCUCAUUGAACUACUUACGGGAAAAUCUCCGGUUGAUGCCGAGAUUGGUUUGCAUGGAAACCUAGUAGAUUGGGCGCGAUAUUGCUACUCGGAUUGCCAUUUUGAGGCAUGGGUUGAUCCAUUAAUUAAGGUAGACGCGUUGAAAAACCUUAAUCAGAUUGUCGAGAUCAUGAAUCUCGCCGUGCAAUGCACGUGUCAUGAUCCGGCUACACGACCAUAUGCAUGGGAGGUAGUGAAAACACUAGAGUCUGUUAGGGGGUCACGUAGUUUAUGUUUUUAGUUACGUUUCAUCAAGCUUUUGGUAUUUUGUUUUCAUCUUGCUUUUUGCUUUUUAGUAUAAUGUUUCGUUUGAGUGAUAGUGAAGAGGCUGUUUAUUGUUUCAAUGUUUUGGAUGUGUGAAUUCUUCAUAUA